GCCGGACUCGCGGCGUCAGACCUGUGACGGCUCGUGCGAAGCAAACAGCUGGAUCGAUUUGAAGAGACAUGGCAGCAGCUGAGGUUAUCUCUAAUCAGAAUGUGGUGGAGAGGGUGAGCAGCCUCCCCCUGGUCAGCUCCACCUACAGUCUGGUGUCCAGUGUGUACUCCAACACCAAGGACCACCACCCUUACAUCAGGACCGUGUGUGAGGCGGCCGAGCAAGGCGUGCGCACCAUCACCUCGGUGGCCCUCACCACCGCCUCGCCCAUCAUCGGCAAGCUGGAACCCCAAAUUGCCAUUGCCAACGACCUGGCCUGUAAAGGUUUGGACAAGAUUGAGAGAACCCUGCCAAUCCUCCACCAGCCCUCCGAUCAGAUUGUAUCCAGUGCCAAGGAUGUGGUAAUUACGGCCAAAGACGCCGUGACGGGCACGGUGUCCGGCGCCAAGGACACGGUGUCGGACACCCUGACCACCGUGGUGGAGAAGACCCGGGGCGCGGUGCAGGACGGGGUGGAGAGGACCAGGGCCGUCGUCAACGGGAGCGUGAGCACCGUGCUGGAGAGCAGGGUGGCUCGGCUGGUCAGCAGCGGCGUGGACACGGCCCUCAGCACGUCCGAGAGCCUGGUGGAGCAGUACCUGCCGCUGACGGAGGACGCACUGGAGCUGGAGGACAAAACCGUCGACGGCUUCGACAAGAAUGACCCCAGCUACUACAUCCGCCUCGGCUCGCUCUCCACCAAGGUGCGCAGCAGGGUGUACACCAGGGCCGUGGCGCGGCUGCAGGAGGGCAAGCAGCGCAGCCUGGAGUUCAUCUCCGAGCUCAACUCCACCGUCGACCUGAUCGAAUAUGGCCGAAAGAAUAUUAACGGAGCGAACCAGAUGUUGAACAGUAAGCUGAAUUCCUUGGUGGCGUGGAGGUCGUCCAGCUGUUCAGACCAGGAGAGCAGCCACGAGGCAGAGAACAUUGAAUCCCGCACCUUGGCGCUGGCUCGCUCGCUCACCCAGCAGCUCCAGACCACCUGCCUGGUCCUGGUCUCGGGCCUGCAGGGUCUCCCCAACCACAUCCAGCAGGAGGCGCUGUCCCUCAGCCACUCCGCCUCGCAGAUCUACUCCGGCUUCAGCAAGGCCCGGGUGCUGGGCGACCUGUCGGACAGCAUGCUGGCCAGCAGCAGGGUCCAGCUGGGCAAAAUGAGGGCGUCGCUCGACCACGUGUUCGACUACCUGGUCAACAACACGCCCCUCAACUGGCUGGUGGGGCCCUUCUACCCCCGGAUGCCUCGCGAGCCCACUCACGAAGCGCCCUCCGCCAGCAGCACGCGGUCCUCCUCCUCCAGCUCUCCUCCUACGCCGCCGCAUGUGGAGGAGCCUGCGGACUUAGAGAUGGAGUCACUGCCUCCUCAGCAGCAGCAGCAGCAGUAGCAGUGAUGCAUGCCAGAUCCAGUGGUCUUCAAAUACUUUGUAGAAAUGUAUGCAGUUUAACUUUAUGCAUUAGAAUUGUAAGCCUGUUUUUAUUUUAAACUUAGUGUUUUGUUUAAUUUCUCCAAAGAUUAUUACGGAUCAUUCUGGCAAAGUGUAAUCCUGUGUUUGUCCGCGUCAAUAUUAAAUAUAUUCAGCUUGUUUUUAGUAGAUUUCUGAUUGCGUCGUGUUCAUUAUGGGAUGGAACAGCUUCUGUCUGCAAUACAAAUGUCACAACAACAAUCCGAGUACACCGACUUCUUGAACGUGACAUAAGUCACUGGACUUCUAUAAACUGUUAAAGCAGAAAAUUGAUUAAAUCGAAUCAAAGUUCAACGUUGGACCUUGAGUGGAAAAACAUUUAUUAUUAAAUCAAUACAACAAUUGGGGGAAAAAAAAAAAAAAAAAAGACAUAAAAAUCAGACGAUCACAGAGCUCGACUGGACCAACGUCGGGCUCCAGGAUGACGUUCAGCUGUCUCUCUUCCGCUGAGUCAGCUCAUCCAACAUACUCUGCAAAUUCAAAAAAAUCUGUUUCUGAACUGGGACCCCAACUGCACAGAUAUUAAUCUACAGAUAAAACUAAAACCACCACACUAAUCCGUGUUUUGUAAUUACAAUUGUUUACAAUAUUGUCCACUAAAAUCCUCUAGUCGGUUAAUAUGUAACGUAGAGCGUCAGUGUUUUCAUUACCACAAUUUUGUCAAUUUGUUUCCAUGCCAUAUCAUCCAGUAAGUCACAGUUAAUGUCAUCCUUUGUCUCUUCACAAAAGCUGACAGUCUGUAAAAGAAAGGGGGAAAAAAAAAAACAAAAAAACAUUUCUUAUAAAAGAACGACUUCAAAUAACCCUCAGAUCCCACUGAACUCCUUCCAACAGGAGGACCUUCCCGUACCUGUCCUUGAGCCGUGGUCACAGUGACGUGUGCCGUCGCGCCGGCGAUGGCGCAAUG